UGAAGAUUGUGAUGAUGAUACUUCCUCUGCUACUUUUCUUAUCUCUCUCUGCGCUGCCUCCUCAUAUCAUGGCACACACUUCUAAUUAUUCUGAUCAACAAUCUCUCAUUGCUUUCAAGGGGUCUCUGCUUCUCGAUCCAUAUAACUCCCUCCUUCAUUGGUCUCCCAAUCACACAUUUUGCAACUGGACUGGUGUUACCUGUUCUUCUACUCGACAGCGUGUUGUUUCCUUGAAUCUCACAGGUAUGGGAUUAAUUGGCCCAAUCUCUGCCUUUCUCGGAAAUCUUUCCUUCCUUAGAGUACUUGCUCUCAGAAAUAAUAGUUUGGAGGGCCAUAUUCCAUAUCAGCUUGGAAGGCUAUUUCGCCUGAGAGUGCUUCGGUUGUCUGACAACAAUUUGGAAGGUCCCAUUCCCUCCUCUCUAGGAGGUUGUCGUUCUUUGCAAUCUCUCUUACUCCCUUAUAACAAUUUAAGUGGAAGCAUUCCCUCUGCACUUGGUCUUCUUUCAAAUUUAGAAUCCUUAGGAUUAGGAGGAAACAACUUGACAGGUAUUAUCCCACCUUUCCUAGGAAACAUGUACUCUUUAAUAUUCCUUGAGUUGGCCAUAAAUAGACUCCAAGGUGGUAUUCCUGAUGAGUUGGGUAUGCUUAGUCAGCUAAACCUCCUUAAUCUUGACACCAACAGCUUAACAGGACCGAUCCCCACUGCCCUUUCAAAUUGCACUCGUCUCCAAACAUUGGAUCUAUCUGACAACCACUUCAACGGCUCAAUUCCAUGGGAGUUUGGAAGGCUGUCAGAAUUGCAACUAUUGUUUUUGGGGGGAAACCAACUCACUGGAGAAAUACCCACCUCACUGGGUAAUUUGACUCAAUUACAACCGUUGGAUUUGUCUCGCAAACAACUGAGCGGCACAGUGCCCCUGGAAUUUGGGAAAAUGCAGCAGCUGAGAACGUUAUUCUUGUGGCAAAAUCAUUUAGUGAGUGGAAGCAGUGGUUUGUCUAUUCUAACAUUCUUAACUAAUUGCUCCAGCUUGGCAUAUCUUGAUUUGGGAUCUAAUUAUCUCACUGGCAUCUUGCCCGUUUCAAUUGGUCGCUUUUCAAAUUCACUUUUAUAUUUAAGUUUGGACUCAAAUGAAAUUUGGGGAAAUAUACCAGAUGAGAUUGGUAAUCUAACAAACUUGACAGAAGUACACCUAGAUGCAAACCAAUUCAAAGGGACCAUUCCAUCUGCACUCGGUAAACUUCCGAAUUUGGAGAGACUAACUUUGGAUACAAACAAUUUACACGGAAGAAUUCCAGAGAGUUUUGGCCAAUCAAAGAGACUUGGAUUGUUGUCGCUCAGUGAGAACAUGCUUUCAGGACAAAUUCCAGAAAGUCUUGGCAAGCUUCCACAAUUAAGAAGGCUUUAUCUUGAUCACAAUCAGCUAUCAGGGAAAAUACCUGCCAGUUUAGGGAGAUGCAAGACGUUGGAAAUGGUGGACUUGGCACACAACAAGCUAACAGGAAAUAUACCUCCUGAAGUUGCAGGUCUUUAGAAUCUCCAGUUCUAUUUCAACGUUUCUGGAAAUUUAUUGCAAGGUUCUAUUUUGGAAAUGAGCAAAAUGAUUAUGGUUUUAGCCAUAGAUGUUUCUCAAAACAAUUUCUCCGGUAGCAUUCCCAGUGCAUUGGCAAGUUGCAAGGGGCUGGAAUAUCUAAAUCUUUCCGGAAAUGCAUUUGAGGGGCCAAUCCCUGCAUCACUGUCAUAUUUGCAAAAUCUGAAGUACAUGGAUCUUUCUUGCAAUAAUUUGUCAGGUACAGUACCGGUGGCUUUAAAAAGGACGAAAAUGCUCCAACACCUCAAUCUCUCUUCAAACAGGUUAAUUGGAGAGGUCCCAAAGGGAGGAGCUUUUGCAACACUUGAUGCCUCAGAAGUUAUGGAAAAUCUUGGCCUCUGUGGUGGAUGGAUAAACUUGCCACCAUGCUCUCAUUCCAAUCACAAACACCCACCAGUCUCCAAAAAGGUAAUAAUUCCUGUUGUAGUUGGCAUUGCAAUAUUGAUCACGUCUCUUCUAUUGGUAGUAUAUUCCUAUAGAUCAUGCAGACAUUCUAGUGCCCCUGCUCUCAAAGUAUGGCCUCCAAAAAUAUCAUAUGAAGAACUUGUAAAUGCAACUGGUGGUUUCAAUGAUGAAAAUCUUUUAGGAAUGGGCAGUUUUUGGUCGGUUUAUAAAGGGAUUCUAAAGAAUGGUACAAAUAUUGCUGUUAAAGUUCUCAAGCUGCAAGAUGAUCAUGCUCAGCAAAGUUUCAGUAGAGAAUGCAAUGCAUUAAAGAGAGUUCGACAUCGGAAUGUAAUUAAAAUCAUUUCAGCAUGCUCCAACCUUGAUUUUAAGGCCUUAAUUCUUCCAUUCAUGUCAAAUGGAAGUUUACAGAAAUGGCUAUACCCUCCUGAAGUGGGUAGAUGCAGAUUAAAUUUGAGUGAUCGAAUAAGGAUAGCAAUGGAGAUAGCACAAGGAAUGGCAUACCUUCACCAUUAUUGCUUUGUUCAAGUGAUUCACUGUGACCUCAAGCCCAACAAUGUUCUAUUAGAUGACAUGACUUCAUACAUAGCAGAUUUUGGCAUUUCCAAUAUUAUUUUUGGAAAUUCCAUGGAUUCCUUGACUUCUACAGAUGCACUUAAAGGAUCUGUUGGCUACAUUGCACCAGAGCAUGGAAUGGGCGGAAAUCUUACCACGAAAGGAGAUGUAUACAGUUAUGGAAUUUUGAUUUUAGAGUUGUUGACAAGGAAGAGACCAACAGAGGAUAUAUUCGGUGAAGGAAUGAAUCUACAAAAAUGGAUAGAAAUGCAUUUUCCUAAUAGAAUCUCUGAUGUGGUGGAUAAUUCUCUACUAAUAGAUGCUCAUGAAUCAGAGACAUCAGUGGUAAUGGAAUGCCUUACUCAAUUUAUACAAAUUGGGUUGUUUUGCACAAGGGAGUCACCUCAAGAGCGACCUGAUAUAACUCAGAUAAUUGAUAGAUUAAAUACAAUUAGAGGUUUAUUUCUUGGUACCCCUAAAAUUCCUCAAUUACCAAUAGAUAUCACACCUUUUAUUGAUAAUGAAAGACAUGUGAAAAUGACUGAGAGGGAAAAUAGGGGAAGUUCAUCUAUGUCUACAUCCUAAGCCAAAAGAAUUUGUCUUUCUUUAUUUUUUGUUUACUGUCCAAUCCAAAACACAUGAUGUCCUAAUGCAUCAUUUUGGAUAGUAUAGUCUAUUGUGAGUAGAUGAAAUAAUGUUAUAAUAUUUCUGCUUGUGCUACCUAUAUGGUAUACUACUCUGACAUUAUUUAGGUUCUCACAUUUGAAAUUGUGA